AUGGCGGACGUCAAGUCCGGAGGAGCGGCCAGUAUCAACGGAGACGGCGGGGAGAAGAGGGGCGUGGGGAAAAGAGAUCCCGGACUCUUUCCGGCUACAGACUACAACCUGCUGGAAGCCGCUGUCGAGCUCAGCGACGACGGAGAGGCCUUGAACCGCUGGUCGAGAAACAGACUCCACGACUCGGGUAGGAACCUGGUUCUGCGGACGCUGGCCCACACUCUGGCCGCGUUCACGGGCGAGUUCGUGGGAACGUUUCUCCUAACGCUCUGCAUCGUUUCUGCCGUAGCAGCGUCCGUCAUUGCGAACGCACUCGCUGGGAUAUGGCAGGUGGCCGUCAUAUGUGGACUCGGAGUGGCCAUCAGUAUAUACCUGAGUGCCCAUAUCUCUGAUGCUCACCUCAAUCCAGCCGUGACCAUUGCCUUUGCCAUCCUCCGAUUUCGAGUCUUCUCCUGGAAGAAAGUCGUCGUGUACAUCACAGCUCAGAUGUUAGGUGGGUUCGUUGCUGGAUCUGUUCUCUUCGGCACGUACCACAAUGCAAUUGUUGCAUUUGAGGAAGAGCGUGGGAUCGAACGAGGGGUGAACGGGAGCGAGCUCUCUGCCAUGAUAUUCGGAGAGUAUUUCCCCAACCCGGCACUGUUCCCCGGCAAGGCUUGGGCAACUGCGGUGUUGGUUUUUGUCAUCUUUGCGUUCACAGAUCCUCACAACACGACAGUGGGAAGCGGGAAACACAAAGUCCCCGUUCCGAUCCUCAUUGGAGCGACAGUCAUGAUACUCAUCUCUCUCUACGGCCCUCUGACACAAGCCGGUCUCAACCCAGCUCGUGAUUUCGGUCCACGGGUCUUUGCUGCCCUGGCAGGGUGGGGGGAGGUGGCUAUUCCCGGUCCAAGGAAAGGAUUCUGGGUGUAUAUCGUGGGCCCAGUGUGUGGGGGACUUGCAGGCGGAGCUCUAUACGAUCUCGUGGCAGCAAAGGCGAUGCAGUUCAAGAUGCGAAUGAAGAAGUAUUCUUCUAGACAUACUAACUGCACACCCUAA